CUAUAUGACUCGAAGCACUAACACGAGAUUGGUCACAUAAGCAAACAAGAUUCUGGUAUCCUGAUCGAGUCUUUUACCUUUGUAUCUCAGCUUGCCUCUUAAGACCAAAAUGACUUGACAAGUCACAAGACUACAGACCAGGUUACUAUCAGGACAAUCAUAGAUUGUCAAUUGCAUAAAAACUUAAAAAUUUCCAUAAUGUUAUUGUUUGUACAAGAUUGAAAAACAUGGAUAUUGAAUUACAAAAUAUGAAAUAAUUUCAAGAAAAAAUAUUAGUCAUAUAGAUAGAAAUAUAUCCAUAAUUAUUUCCUUGUUUGUCAUUUGAUAACUCUAUAUUUAAACAAUGAGGCCUAGGUACUGAAAGCGCAAAAAUGAAAGCCCAUUAAGGCUUUUGCUAUAAUGCGCCGCGUCCUUUAUAUUAAAAACUAACAGCAACGGUCUUCUUGUUUACUUUUAGAGACACUCCCAAGGCUCCGAAUCUUUCACAACCAUCCUCUCCCUCCAUCUCUAUUCCUAGGGUUUCUUCUUCUUCUUCUUCAAUCCCCCCCAAAUUGGGUAACGCCUUCUCUCUCUCCCACUACGCGAAGAAAACAAAAUCAAUCUUCUGCUCAGUUUUCGUGAUUCAAUUGCUCACUAACUCAUUGCAAUUGCAAUCAGAGAAGACAUGUAUCCGUCAAGAGAGGGAGCGGUGGCUACGGACAACAGCCGCAGGGAUCGCAAUCGGGUUAUCCUCAGAAUGUUUUAUCCUCGCGAUUGGUUGACAUGGAGAAGGAUUACUUGGCACUAGAUAAAAGACCCCCAAGGCUUUUUGUGCCCUCUGAGUUUUCCAAGGUUGUAGUGAACUGGCCGAAACAAAAGCUUUCACUUUCGAUGCAUACUGCUGUGAGGACGGCAGUUUUGAGCAUGAUUACACUGAAGAUGGUGGAGUUUAUGUGAAAUAUACGCCCACAAAGUCUUUAGCUGUGCAAACUGGAGGCAUGACUGUUUGGAAUUAAUAUUUUCUCAUCAGACAAGAUUACUUCGUGUUUUUGCUUUAUGAUUUUGAUGAGUGGGCUGAGCAGGACUGCUUGGGAAGAUCUUGCUUCAGAUAAACUAUUUGAAUACCUCAUAUAUGCAACAUAUUAAAAUUUGGGGUUCUUGAAAAAGAUCGUUCUUUCAUGGCGACUGGUGGUCCCUGGGAUCCCACAGACGGCAUUGACCCAUCAGUUGAUCAGUCUUCCUUAAUCAAGACAAUGCUGAGGUGUGUUUCUUCCCUUGUACGCUUUUUGUUGCCUUUUGUUCAUUGUCUGAGCCACACAAAGGAUAAGCUACAUCUUGAUCUUAGCAACUGUCGUCACUGGAAUCCAUUUCUUGAGGUAUGUUUUACCUCUCUUAGUUUAAGGGUGCAUUGAGAUGUUGGACAAGUGGAUAUGUGACGGUAGUGACUGCUUUAUUUCAUCAAGAUCACUGUAUUGUUUGUCCCUGAUUUAUCAGAAUGUCUUCCUUCAUUUGAUGCUUGGAAAACCCAAUGGUUGGCACACAAGAAAGCUCUUGCUGGCAAAGUAGCCAAGGAUGCAGAGAAAAAGACCUCGGGAGACCCGUCUAGCGCUCAGGCAUCUGGAACUAAGAAACGGUGAAAAAGAUUAUUAAAAGAGUUGUUAAAACGCCUGUCAACGAUGAGAAGGGUGUUUGCGAGACCCGCAGAAAACGAAGAGAAGGGCUCAGAAAUUAUUGUUGGAGCUCAAAAAGGUGAGAGCUCAGAUCCUGCUGCUAAUGCUAAUGAGCAGACCCCUUCAAAGACAAUUGUAAAGAAAAGAAUCGUUAAAAAGGUGGCUAAAAAGAAGGUUGCUGAAGUAGACAAGAGCAUGGACAGUGACUCGAAGGUACAUGGAGAUGAUGAUGAGAAAAAGGUAGUGGAGGCGGGGAAGAAAACCCCUGAUUCAGGUAGUAAUGAGAUGAAAUCUCCAGAAGAAAAGAAAGAAGAGGAACCUCCUCGGCCUGGAUUUAUUCUACAACUCAAACGGAACAAAGAUUCUAAAUUGCGUUCACUUUCUUAUGUUAGGGUUGAAGAUAUGAGAAUAACUAUUCACAGCUUGGGAAAAUUCAUAUCUCACCGAGAAGUCAAGAUGUCAAAAGCACAUUACAUCAUAUGAUCAAACGCAGCAUCAGGAGCUGUACGGUUCUCAGGUUUAUAAAGUAUCCAAGGCUUAUAAACCUCCAAGACCUUGGAGCUACAUAUCCAAAUGUAGACGAAACACUUGUCAUAUCCAAAAGGUACAUUUCCACAAGAGCUUUUCUGUUAUGCAUCUUUUUUCUCCUCUCUAUUACAUAAGAAACUAACUUGUGGUGGUACUAAAGAACUCAAAACGAGAAAUACAGAGUACAUUGCUUAAUGACGAUUAUCUACC